AUGAUCUCCUUCAACCUAUUUCUACAACUACUUCUAUCGACAAUCCUGUUUUCUUUCGCCGCCGCCGCCGAUAUUCGACCAGGUCAAUCUCUCUCCGCUGCAAACCCAAACGAAAAAUGGAACUCACCCAAUCAGACCUUCUCUCUUGGCUUCAUCUCCGAAACCCCCGACGCACACUUUGCUGCCAUCACCUACAACAACAUAUCAGUCUGGAAAGCCGGAGGAGAUGCCGGCGUAGCCGACUCCACCGCCUCCCUCACCUUCCUCCCCGACGGUAAUCUCCGUCUCGUCAACGGCUCAUCCGGCUCCGUCGUCUGGCAGUCCAAUACAGCCGGUCGUGGCGUCACAGUAGCUGCACUUGAUGAUUCAGGUAAUUUCGUCCUCCGCAACGGAUCCGUUUCUGUAUGGAGUACAUUCGAUAAUCCCUCAGACACCAUACUUCCCGGCCAGAAUUUCACAGUGAAUAAUGUUUUGCGUUCUGGGCUUUACUCCUUUCGAUUGGUUAAUUCUGGGAAUUUAACUCUUAGAUGGAACGAUUCCAUUGUCUACUGGACUUUAGGGUUGAAUUCCUCCAUCAACACUAACCUAACUUCACCAAGUUUAGGGCUCCAACCAAUCGGGAUUCUAUCUCUUUCAGAUCCGAUGCUUUCCACUUCCGUAAUCAUGGCUUACAGUAGCGAUUAUGCUGAAGGCCCUGAUAUAUUCAGGUUCACCAAAUUAGACAACGAUGGUAAUCUGAGAAUUUACAGCUCCUCAUUGGGUAAUGCCGGCAAUCAAUUCAUGAGAUGGGCUGCUGUAAGCGAUCAAUGUCAGGUAUUCGGGUACUGUGGCAAUCUGGGUAUUUGUAGUUACAACGGUUCAAAUCCUGUAUGCGGCUGUCCAUCACAGAAUUUCGACCCGAUUGAUCCCACCGACGGUCGGAAAGGGUGCCGGAGGAAGGUCGAAAUCGCAAACUGCCCAGGUAGCGCAACAAUGUUAGAGCUCGAUAACGCCAAGUUCUUGACAUACCCACCGGAGUUAUCAUCUCAGGUAUUCUUUAUCGGGAUUUCCGCUUGCAGAUUAAAUUGUCUCGUUAGUGGUUCCUGCAUCGCAUCCACCUCCUUGUCAGAUGGCACAGGGUUGUGUUACUUAAAAGUCCCAAGCUUUGUGAGUGCGUAUCAGUCGCCGGCGCUACCAAGCACCUCCUAUCUCAAAGUCUGUGGACCCGUAACACCAAACCCAUCUCCCACUUCCGAGAACGGAAAACGAUGGAAGCUCCGUCCAUGGAUAGUAAUUGUGGUGGUUAUCGGCACUUUAUUAGGAUUAAUCCUCGCGGAACUCGGUUUAUGGUUCUGGUGUUGUAAAAACAGCCCAAAACUCGGGGUGUUAUCAGCCCAAUAUGCACUUCUGGAUUACGGGAUGGUUUUGUUGGAGAUUGUGUCCGGGAGACGGAAUUUUGAGGUUUCGGAUCGGACCAACCGGAAAAAGUUUUCGGUUUGGGCUUACGAGGAGUUUGAAAAGGGGAACAUGGAUUCGGUUAUUGACCCGAAGAUUUUGACCCAUGAAUUCGAUAUGGAUCAAAUUCGGCGGGUGAUUGAAGUGAGUUUUUGGUGUAUUCAAGAACAACCAUCACAAAGACCGAUGAUGGGGAAAGUGGUUCAGAUGUUGGAAGGGGUGACCGAGAUUGAGAAACCACCUGCCCCGAAGGUUGGGUCAGCCAUAGACGGGUCGGUUGCUGGGACUAGCACGUAUAUGAGUAGCAGUGUCUCGACCUUAGCACCAUCGGUGCAGCCACCCUCAUCGUCUUCUUCUCUUCAGACUCCAAAGGCGUCGUCGUUUGCUUCGGGGAUGAAUAUUGAGAGGGCAUCAUCGUCAUUGUUGCAAUCGGUCACUAUGUGA